AUAUGUAUAUGUAUGUCAAUGUGUUAUACACACACAUACACAUCUGCAUGAAUGACUAUGAAAGAGGAAAAAUAAAAAAUAAAAACUUUGUAAAUAGAUCUAAGACGUCCAGUUUGCUAACAGAAUUCAAUUAAAUGACGGUGAAAGAGAAAGAUGUCAAUUAAAAUAAGUUUAUAUUCACUUCUAAUUUAUUUAAAUUCAAUUCCAUUUGGGAUUCAAACCAUUGAUUCAUGUGAUAAUCUUGCUUGUGCACCUAGUGUUUCAAAAUGUUUACUUAUGGAAAGUUGUAAAUGCUCACCAAAUAAUGCUACUUGUUGUGAUGAAUGUAAAAAAUGUUUAGGAAUGAAAUUUGAAGAAUGUUGCAACUGUUUAGAUAUGUGUCCGAGGGGUGCAUUUAAAAAACGUCAUUCACAAGUGGAAGAAUUUGAAGGAAUCCCGGAUCUAUUCAAUGCAUUAACAGCUGAGCCUGAACCAGAAAAAUGGACAACAAUUGUGACACCAAUCGACUUAGAUAGACGACUUUCGGAAUCAAAACCUGAGAUUAACAAUCAUUUAAAUAACAACUUUUUUGUGGAGGAUGCUAAUGGAUUAAAUCAGUCACAAUUAGGUUUCGUAAAUUGUACUGUAGUAUAUUUUAGGCAGUGUAUGUCAUUGAAUAAGUGUAAAGAAGUUUGCGGAACAAUGGGAGCUCGUGGAAGCAGAUGGUUUAUUGAUGGUUGCUGUGAAUGUGUUGGGUCAACAUGUUUAAAUUUUGGAAUCAAUGAAAAUAAUUGUGCUGCAUGUCCAGAUUAUAAAAAGGAUUCAAAUAGUCCAGAAUGGUCAGUUGAAGAUUAUGAUGAUAUAGACUUAAUAGAUUCCAAUAUCUAAUAAAAUUAUCUGUAUAAGAAAAUUUUUAAUUCUGCAACGGCAAUAUAUUUUUGUUCCAUAAAGCAAGUGCAAUAAAAUAAAAAAUUAAGUUGAACUUUUAAAAUAA